AUGGACGAUCCAAAUAGGAUGAUGGCGCAUAGUGGCGGAUUGAUGGGGCCGCAAGGCUACAGCUUGGGCGGAGAAGGUGCCCCAACAGCGGGGGAAGGCGAAGCCCGAAAACAAGAUAUUGGAGAAAUUCUACAACAGAUUAUGAAUAUAACAGAUCAAAGUCUUGACGAAGCGCAAGCAAGGAAACAUACGCUGAACUGCCAUAGAAUGAAACCUGCCCUUUUUUCUGUAUUAUGUGAAAUUAAAGAAAAAACAGUUUUGUCACUUCGCAACACACAAGAGGAAGAACCACCAGACCCACAGCUUAUGCGCUUAGACAACAUGUUAAUUGCUGAGGGUGUUGCUGGCCCGGAGAAAGGCGGUGGAGCGGGUGCUGCUGCCUCGGCAUCCGCUGCUGCUGGCGAAUGGGAUAACGCGAUCGAGCACUCGGACUAUCGCGCGAAGCUCACCCAGAUCCGCCAGAUUUACCACCAGGAGUUGGACAAGUACGAGAAUGCGUGCAACGAGUUCACAACUCACGUCAUGAAUCUUCUCAGGGAGCAGAGUCGCACACGCCCCAUCACACCCAAGGAAAUCGAGCGUAUGGUGCAGAUUAUUCACAAGAAGUUUAGCUCUAUUCAGAUGCAACUUAAGCAGUCCACUUGUGAAGCUGUUAUGAUCCUGCGCUCACGUUUCCUGGAUGCCCGACGCAAACGGCGAAACUUCAGCAAGCAGGCGUCGGAAAUACUCAAUGAAUAUUUCUACUCGCACCUCUCCAACCCAUAUCCCAGCGAGGAGGCUAAGGAGGAACUCGCACGCAAGUGUGGCAUCACGGUGUCACAGGUUUCUAAUUGGUUUGGCAAUAAGCGCAUCCGCUACAAGAAGAACAUCGGCAAGGCUCAAGAGGAAGCCAAUCUCUAUGCAGCAAAGAAAGCAGCCGACCUGCCUUGGAUUGGCGCGUGCAGGCGCGAUGCUAGCUCCCCUCCGGCCCGACCCACUUCAUAUUACACAGCGGGUGCGUCUCCGUACUCUAUGGGCGCGGCGUCGGGCACCGCUACGCCGAUGAUGUCGCCGGCGCCUACGCAGGACUCGAUGGGCUACUCGCUGCCGGCGCCCGGCUACGACCCGCCGCAGCCGGGCUACGACGCCGCCAUGGGCUACGACCCCAUGCACCAGGACCUCUCGCCU